UUCAUCAAAAAUGACGGAACCCGAAAAAGUUUCGGUAUCGUUUGGAUUUUCAAAGAAGUCAGAGAAAAAGGUUCUAAAAAGAACCAUAAAUGAUGAAGAGAAAAAGUAUUUAGAAGAGACUGACUAUGUUACGUCGCUUGAAGAUAAAGAAGUGAAAAGUUCGAAGCCAAAACAAGAGAAGAAAGAGAUUGUGAUACCCUUGAUAAAGACAAACAACUGGAAAACGAACCACCUGAAGGCGGCCAAUAAUGGCUUGGACUCACAGGCAGUGCAGGAAAUCAUGCAAGAGGCUUCCGCCCGUCAGGAGAGUUGGGAAACACGGGGGGCGGUGGACACAGACCUCGCCAUUCCCCUCCUCAUGCAGAACCAGGUACCUGAAGGCUUCGAGACGGAUGACAGGCUUGACGUCUCACUCAGACCAGAUGAGCCCGAGGAUGCAGUGUAUGAAGACGUCCCUAUUGAGGCGUUUGGAAUGGCCAUGUUGAAGGGGAUGGGAUGGAAGGAGGGAGAGGGUAUUGGGAAAAAUAACAAAGCAAUAAAGCCAGUGGAAGCUGUUUUGCGGCCUAAGGGGAUGGGAUUAGGGGCUGACAGGGGACAAGCCCAGGAUCUGAACAAGUCAAAGCAGGGCUCAGUGGGUAAACAAGAGGACAGCUUGGAGCUACGAUUGAAGAAAGGGGCUCACUGCCUUAUAGAGAACGGCGUGAACAAGGAUCUAUAUGGAGUGAUUGAGGGCGUGGAUGAGGACAAUGCAAGGCUGAUGGUAAAACUGACUAUCAGUGGGAAGCUGGUGUCUGUCAGCCAGUAUAACACCAAGCUGGUAGCCGCGGAUGAGUACCAGAAAUACUCAAAAUACAUAAAUAAAGGGGCAGCCGACAGGUAUAAAGAAAAAGAGGACAAAAGGAAGGAGAAGGAAGAGAGAGAAGAACAAAAGUACGCGGAGUCAAAACACGGGGACAAACGUGGACGGGAGUGGGAGAGAUCCGGGAGCAGAGAACGGGCACGGGACAAACAUGGUCGGAAAAAGGAUAAGCGGAAAGAUCGGGAACAUGAUGAGAAGUCCAGCAAGAAGAGAAAAUAUGACGAUGAUAGACCGGAGUCCAGCAGCUCAUACACAAAUGGCAGCGGUUCAUCUCAGCGAGCCCCACCCCUCUGGCUGAAACCCAACCUGCGGGUCAGGUUGGUUGAUGAACAUUUCAAGAAGGGGAAAUAUUUCAACACAAAGCUUGUGAUAGUGGACGUGAUGGACAGAGACCAUUGUGUGUGCAAGACCGAGGAAGGCAAGAUUCUUGAAGACAUCUCACAGACCAUGCUGGAGACGGUGGUGCCGCGGUCCGACUCUUCCUACGUCUCCAUUAUAUCAGGGAAACACAGAGGACAGUUAGCUCACGUGUUAGAGAGAGACAAGAGAAAAUAUCUGGCCACGUUACAGUUGCUUAGCGACAGGGACACGGUGUUACAGCUCGACUAUGACUCUAUAUGUGAAUAUGUUGGCGAUAUCAAUGAAGAAUAUGAUUUUUGAUAUUUAUGUUUAUUUUUUUUAUAAAAGAAGUUGCCAAAAUAAAAUAACUUAAUAAAUUGACCAACAAUCCAUAAAUAUCUAUAACUCUGGGGAUAUAUUGAUAACAUUCCAGUGUUUCAAUAUUUGGCUAAAUGCAGAAUUAAAGAGCUACAUAGUGCUGCAGUGCAUUUCGUUAAAGGAUCUUAAUUGUAACUGAAAUAUUCGUAAAUUUUAAUCAACUACACAAAUAGAAACAUGUUGAUUUUUUUUCCUCAACAAUUUUUUUUCUUCAUUUUUUUGUACAGGAAUUCACUAAAUUUAUAUUGAAAAAUAAUAAAAAUAUGAUUCUUAGAUCAUUUCAACUUACAACCUUAGUCUCCAUUGAAGCAAGCUGCUGCGGCCCAUCACCUUGACUAAGACUCUGACCCCCAAUGUCAACAUGUGAUUAUUUUUAGGAUCAAAUAAUACUGACGGAAUAUUCUGUUUACAGUAUUGACAAUAAUUUCAACUAAACUGUCAAGAUACAAUAAAUAGAGAAAAAUAAUGAGACAUUCAUCUUUUGCAUGCUAUAACAUUGAACUGGUUGGCCAGAGAUCUCAACUGUGAUUAUGAAGUUUACAAUAUAUUAAUACAUUUUGGUCAAUGAUUUGAAUGAAAUAUAAUAACAAAUAUAAAUAAAUAAAAUCAACUAGGGUUAGUAAUGCAUGUAAAUUGAUUUAGAAUUACAUGAUUUUAUAUCUGUGCAAACGUGUUAUACUGGUGCAUGCAUAUUAUGAAUAAAAAACAUAACCCUAA